AUGAAGGGACUCAUCCUGGCCCUGGUGCUUGCCCUCGCAGGGGGUCAGAAGCAGGGCCUCGAGCCUGUUUUUCAUACUGGCAAGACCUACCUCUAUGGCUACAAGAGCUUCAUCCUGCAUGGGCUGCCUGACAGAGGCCUGGCGAUGGCGGGGGUGAGGCUGACCUGCAAGCUGGAUAUCAGCCGUGUGUCUCGCAGCGACCACCUUCUCCAGAUUCGAUCACCAAAGCUGGAGGAAUACAACGGCUUCUGGCCCACGGACCCCUUCACUCCGUCUUCGAGGCUCACAGAGACCAUCGCUGCAUGUUUCAGCCAAGCCUUUAAGUUUGAAUACACUGAGGGAAGGGUUGGAAGUAUUUUCGCCCCUGAGGACUGUCCCAUCCUAUGCACUAACCUAGUGAGAGGGAUUCUGAAUAUGAUGCAGAUAACCAUCAAAAAGUCACAAAAUGUGUAUGAACUACAGGAGGCUGGGAUUGAAGGCAUCUGCCAAACCAGAUACGUUAUCCAGGACGACAGCAAGAAUAACCGUGCCACCAUUUCCAAAAGCAAGGACCUGACGGACUGCCAGGAGAAAGCGGUGAAGAACAUGGGAAUGGCGUACAUCCGCCCCUGCCCCACCUGCCCCCUGAAAGUCAGAAAUAUUAAAGGCACGGUGAUGUUCACUUACAAGAUGAAGUAUGAUGACAGCGGGGCCUUGAUGACAUCUGCUAUGUCUGAGCAAGUGUACCAGAUCACGCCCUUCAAUGAACCCAACGGGGCAGCAGUCAUGGAGGCAAGACAAGAACUGUCUUUGGUCGACAUUAAAAGGACUCCCAUCAGUGCACCAAAAACUCAGCUGCAAAACCAGGGGAGUCUUCGUUAUCAUUUCUCAGGAGAGCUACUCCAGAUGCCAAUUCCUCUAAUAAGGAUUAAAAAUCCAGAUUUACAGUUAACAGAAACACUGCGGCAAUUAGUUCAGAAUAACGAGGAAGGGGCCGCUAAAGAUGCUUCAGCCAAGUUCUUACAAAUGGUCCAGCUUUUUCGUAUAGUGACCCUUGAUCAAAUUGAGUCUUUGUGGGUGCAGUUUGCCAACGACCUUCCCUACAGGCGCUGGUUCCUGAGCGCCAUCUGUGCUGCUGGAGCUACUGACACAUUCAGAUUCCUGAAGCAAAAAAUUCACGAUGAGAAGCUGAACAUCUGGGAAGCAGCUGCGACUCUCCCUCUCGCCUUGCAUUUCGUUACACCCAACAAGCAAACCCUAGAAGUUGCCUCAACCUUUCUGACCUGUCCCCAAAUCCAGAAAGCACCAAUGCAUCAAAUAAUUGUUUACCUGGGAUAUGGUAGCAUGGUAAAUAAGUACUGUGCUCAGACUUCACUUUGUCCAAAUGAACUUCUUCAGCCACUCCACGACCUUGCUACUGAAGCCACCAGCAAAGGUGAUGCCAAAGACAUGGCCUUGGCCCUGAAAGCCAUCGGCAAUGCAGGAGAGCCAGCCAGUAUCAAACGCAUCCUGAAGUUUUUGCCAACAUUUUCCCCAGCUGCAGCUUCAUUACCAAACAGAAUUCAUGCUGAUGCCGUGUUGGCCUUGAGGAAAAUUGCCAGAAAAGACCCUGCAAAAGUAAGGGAGAUCUCCCUCCAGGUCUUUAUGGACAGCACACUUGCUCCUAACGUCCGAAUGGUGGCUUGUGUUGUCCUCUUUGAAACUAAGCCUGCUCUUCCAACCGUAACAGCUAUGGCCAGCUCGCUGCUGACGGAGCCCAGCUUACAAGUAGCCAGUUUCACGUAUUCACACAUGAAGGCUUUGGCAGUAGGCAGGAUCCCACAGCUCUAUAAUCUAUCUGCUGCUUGCAACAUUGCCAUUAAACUACUGAGCCCCAGACUUGACAGGCUGAGCUAUCGUUACAGCAAGGUCAUUCAUGUCGGUGAUUAUUCCUCUGAUUAUCAGGCUGGUGCCAUUUGGAGGGUCUAUCUAAUGAACAGUCCCAGCACCAUGUUUCCAUCUGAUAUAAUCACAAAAGUAAGAGGAUAUUAUGCAAAUACUGCAACUGAUAUUAUCGAGGUGGCUCUCCGGUCACAAAGCCUAACCAAGCUUGUCAGGAAGCAGAAUAUUCCCUUUGCUGAGUAUGAUACAUACAAGACACUGAAGGAACUUGGCAAAAAGCUUCUGGGAUGGAAAGAGCUGCCUCCCGAAGACCCUCUGGUAUCUGCUUAUGUCAAAGUAUUGGGCCAAGAGAUCGCCUUUGUUGACAUUGAUAAAGAUGCUAUUCAGCAGACCAUGACGAGUCUAACUGGAUCAUCAAACUGGCAGCCAAUGGUGAAAAAAGUGGUGGAAGAGGUCCAGCGAGGCAUUUCAGGCCGAUGGACCCUGCCGGCGAUGGUGGCUGAGCUGCGGCACAUUGUCCCCACGGUGGUCGGCGUGCCGCUGGAGCUCAGCCUGUGCGGCGCCGCGCUGGCCCAGGCUGCAGCCGCCGUGGAUAUACAGAUGUCACCACCAUUACCUGACAAUUUUAGACCUUCACAGUUGUUGGAAACCAACAUGGAUAUUCAUGCUGACAUCAAGCCAAAGGCAUAUUUUCAUAUGAUUGCAAUGAUGGGGAUUAAUACACGAUACUUUCAGAGUGGUCUUGAAUUCCAUGCAGAGUUCAGCGCCAACACUACAAUGAAAUUUGAAGCCAGGAUAAAUAAUAAAGAGAAAAAUUUGAAGAUUGAAACCCCUCCCUGCCAUCAGGAGGUUGAGCUCGCAGCUGUGAGGAGUGAAGUUUAUGCUAUUUCAAGGAACAUGGAAGAAGUAGAUUCCGAAAAGAAAUCCCAGCUUCUCCCCAAAGGAGAAGUACCAAGUCUCUCCGACCAGCCAUUUCAGCCAUCAGAAAGAUCUUCAAGGCCUGGCAGCUGGAAGCAAAGCAAUAUUCCUAGCGUGAUAUCCAAAGGAUACCAGCAAGGUUCAGAAGAGGCACAUCACCAUGGUGUAGGAGGAAGAUUUUACACACGCAUCUUCUGUAGAAAAAUUGAGAGUUUGGGAUGUUCUGCUUGUCUCAGCCUAAAGUCACGAAAUUCUGCUUUCUUAAGAAAUACCUGUCUGCACAAAUUAGCUGGAGAACUUGAAGCCAAAAUAGUUUUGAAGCCAGUUCAUACAGGUGCUGAUAUUGACAAAAUACAGCUGGAGAUUCAGGCAGGAUCCAAAGCAGCUUCCAAAAUAAUUGAUGUAGCAAGCUCCGGGUCUAAGGAAGAGGAUGAGACAUCUCCAUACAAGGACAUUCAAGCUAAACUGAAGAAGAUUCUAGGCAUUGAAAAUAUAUUCACGGUCGCAAAUAAAACACGGCGCCGUCACAAACGGAUUCACAGAGAAGACAAGACUGCAGUUACAGACCUCUGGGCAGAGCCCGGUACAACCCCCCUCUCCAGUUCAUCUUCUUCUUCCACUGCUUCCUCUGCUGAUGGUAAAGAGCCUGGAAAUGAACACAAGAAAGAUGAACUAAGGCAAUCUGGGAAGAAGUGUGGCAGCAGCAGCAAGAGCAGCAGCAGGAGCAGCAGUGGCAGCAGAAGAAGCAGCAGCAGCAGUGGCAGCUCUGCUAGCAGUAAAAUCUGCAGCAGCAGCGAAGACCACUCUGGAGACAGGCGCUGCAGUGCGGACAGUGAAUAUUCCAACCAACAGGCAAAUCUACCUGUUUACCAGUUUUGGUUCAAGCCAGCAGAUGAACAGGACCCAGGAAUGGAAGUUCUGAACGGUAGCAUCAGCUCCUCCUCUUCUUCAGCUAGUGAUGAAGGCACCUCUAGAGCCAUGUCUCAGCCUAAAUUCUUGGGAGACAGCAAGCCACCAAUACUGGCUGCAGUCCUUCGUGCCAUCCACAGAAACGAGCAGCCGACGGGAAUACAGCUUGUACUGUACACUGAUACUCAACCCAUGAGAUCAAGGAUACAGAUGUUUGUUUCAAGCAUCACAGGAUCAAGUAGAUGGAAACUCUGUGCUGAUGCUUCAGUAAUAAAUUCCCAUAAAGUAUCGGGUUCUCUUAAAUGGGGUAAAGAUUGCCGGGACUACCAGAUUGCUACUCAGAUUGCAACAGGGCAAUUUGCUGCUUAUCCAGCCAUGCAGAUGAAGCUGGAGUGGCCAAAAGUACCUUCAAUAGUCCGAACAACUGCAAGAUGGUUCUACUCACUUCUUCCAGGAGCUGCGUAUGUGCUUGGGUAUUCCCAAAGGCAACAGUGUGGUCCCUCUCACCAGGCAACCUUCGUUAUGGCUCUGACAUCUCCAAGAACCUGUGAUGUGGUCCUCAAGUUACCUGAGCUCACAAUUUACGACAGAGCCAUCAGGCUUCCCCUGCCAUUCCCUUCAAGUCCAGGUACACCGAUUUCAACACUGCCAUCCCCUGACCAGAAUGUCUUUUCCCAAGCAACGCUUUCAAUCACUGAAAACCUUAAAGCUCGUUGUUCAGUUUUCCAAAAUACGAUCACAACCUUCAAUGGAGUUGAAUUUAACUAUUCAAUGCCUGCAAACUGCUACCAUGUCUUGGUGCAGGACUGUAGUUCAGAACUGAAAUUCCUGGUGAUGAUGAAAAGACUUGAAGGGUCUGCUGACCUUACAGCAAUAAAUGUCAGACUCGCCAGCCAUGAGGUUGACAUGUAUGUUUCCAAUGGACUCAUCCAGUUGAAGAUUAAUGGUGUUCAAGCCCCAACGGAUGUUCCGUACACAUCUAAUUCUGAUGCAAGCAUGCUGAUCAGCAGUGAAAAGGAAGGCUUGUCACUAAAAGCCCCGGAUUAUGGCAUAGAUAAACUAUAUUAUGAUGGGCAUAGACUUGAGAUUCAGAUUGCUUUCUGGAUGGCUGGAAAAACAUGUGGUAUUUGUGGAAAAUACGACGCUGAGAAGGAAAGGGAAUAUCAGAUGCCCAGUGGAUAUUUAGCUAAAGAUGCAGUGAGUUUUGGUCAGUCCUGGAUCAUCUCAGAAGACCCCUGUGCUGGAGCUUGUAAGCUGCAGCGUAAAUUUGUCAAAAUUGAGAAGCCAGUUGCAUUUGAGAAGAAGGCAGCAAAAUGCUUCUCUGUGGAGCCAGUUCUACACUGCGUAGAAGGCUGUUCAGCAACCAGGACUGUUCCUGUCUCCGUGGGCUUCCACUGUGUACCAGCUGACUCCACUCUCAACCUGGACAGGCAGAUUAGGCUAGACCAGAAAUCUGAGGACGUCGUGAGCACCGUUUCUGCUCAUACGGCGUGUUCCUGUCAACAACAGUCAUGUCCAGCGUGA